GAGACGGUCGCAUUUUAGCCUGUUUUUCCAAGGUACCCUCGUCCUUGUUUACACGGGCACUUAUCUCGACGAGAUACCGAUAAACUGUUAUCAACGAUUGGAGAAGAGAUUCCGGGCUAGACCUGCUAGCAAUCGGAUCAUUUGCCUACCUUCAUCAAUAGGUCAACUGGGUGCCAUUGCAGACCUCUUUCCUUGAACGUCGACGGCUUGCUGCAACCGAGGAACGCAGGUAUAUAUCUGUUCCAAUUGUUUGAUUUUCUGUUAAGGGAGCUCGAGAGGACGCGAUUUCUGCCUUCAACUGCUUUCGUCGUUUCGCUGAAGUUGCCCGCAAAGAUGUCGACCCAUACAGAAGCAAUAAAACUUUCUGACCCGCAGAAAGCAGUGAUGGAUUUGACCUCAGACAGCAAGUCGAGUUCCGAGGGACAGACGACGAUAUGGCCCGCGAGGGAAUUGCCGGAGCUUCUCAGAGACCUGUCAGAAGGGGAGUUGAAGAGCCUCGAGAAGAAGUUGAUCAGGAAGGUUGACUUACGGAUGUUGCCCACAAUGAUUCUGAUCUAUAUCAUGAACUACCUCGAUAGGAAUGCCAUUGGCUCCGCUAGACUAGGUGGGUUAGAGAAAGACUUGGGUCUGACUGGCAACGAAUUCCAGACCUGCGUUUCGAUCCUCUUUGUCGGGUACAUCCUGAUGCAAGUACCUUCAAACAUGUUCCUCAACAAAAUCGGACGCCCUGCCAUCUAUUUGACGGGAUGCAUGUGCGUUUGGGGUAUAUUGUGUGCCUGUAGCGGCGCCACACAUAGUUUCGGAGGCUUGUUGGCAACUCGAUUCUUUCUUGGGUUUGUUGAAGCAGCCUUCUACCCAGGCUGUCUUGCAACUCUCAGCUCCUGGUACGUCCGCAAAGAGCUCGGCGUCCGCACUGGGCUAUUCUACAGCGGUUCCAUGCUCUCGGGAGCCUUCUCUGGUCUUAUUGCCGCCGGCAUCACGAAUGGCAUGGACGGCGCUCGCGGCCUGCUAGCCUGGCGUUGGCUUUUCAUCAUUGAGGGAUCACUCACCGUCGCCAUCGCUCUCGGCGCCUUCUUCGUGCUGCCAGACUUCCCCGCCAACACCAAGUGGCUAACGGACCAAGAACGACAGCUGGCGAUGUGGCGCAUGGAAGUCGAUGCUGCGGGCGAAGAGGACUGGACGAACUCCUCUUCACAACCCAUAUUUGACGGCUUCAAAAUGCUCUUGAUUGACCCGAUCAAUUGGAUUCUUGUUGUGCUUGUCUAUGGUGCUGCGUCGUCGAUUUCUAUCAAUAGCUUCUUCCCCACCGUUGUCGCGAGUCUCGGAAAGGAUCGCAUUACGACGUUGCUUCUUACCUCGCCGCCCUAUCUUCUGGCGUGCAUCGUUUGCGCGGCAGUGUCUUGGAAUGCCGACCGCAUGAACGAGAGAUACUGGCAUACCGUCGCCCCGCUGGCUUGCUCACUCGUCGGUUUCAUCAUCUCCAGCGCCGCAACGGGGAUCGGGCCGCGGUACUUUGGCGCGAUGAUCAUGCUUCCUGGGAUCUACACUGGCUUCAACAUGUCCAUGGUCUGGACAGCCAACACGAUCUAUCGACCCACGUCCAAGCGCGCCGCUGCGGUCGCGUUCAAUAAUGCAUUUUCUACACUCUCAGGCAUCUACGGAUCUUACUUAUACCCCAAUAACGCGACGCCAAGGUUCGUCUUGGCUUUCAGCGUGAAUGCCGCUAUGGCAUUGAUGGCGAUUGUCGCUGCCACUGUGUUGCACUUUGUCCUGAAGAGGGAGAACAAGAAGCUGGAGAUCAGGGAGUAGGAAGCAGAGGCUGUUGGUCAGCCAUUAUUGAUUGGAAAAGGCUUUAGAUAUGUCAUCUAAGGGACGAAUUGUUGGAU